GCGAAUUUGCCGGCAUUUGGUUCGUUUUAAUCUGUUUUCGUUAUUGUUUCCGUGCCUCCAAGAUGAUGCAUUUGGAGCGGUAUGUGACGAAGAUAAAGCCCGCCAUCGAGGGAUUCAUAAAGGAGCCCAACAAGGACAACCUGUCUGCGGUGGAGCGCGAAAUCGAGGGAUUUAACUUUGGCGAAAUGCGCAUCUACCAGGUGCAAACGCUGGUUCCCUUGGUGCUGAAGCUGGACGAACUGUCCGGGGAGAACCAAGAGCUGCGCACCAGCCUGAUGAACUGCCUGAGCAACAUUGUCUCGCACACAUACCUGGCGGAUGACAAGGGCUUGCGAUCCAUCCUGGUGGUGGUGCUGCAACAGAUUCGCGAUCCCAAGGCGGCGGCUAUGCUACCGAAUCUUUCCGAAGAAAUCAAACUGGCAGCAAUACAGUGCAUUUUCGAGGCACUGCGUCGGUCCACCAGCGAUGUGCUGGAGUCGUUUUACGUCAAGGAGACAGCCAUGUUGCUGGGACAGAUCCUGCUCACGCUCCUGGAGAUCAUUGAGCGGGAAAAGUAUCGGAAAUUGGUGCAAUCAGCCCUGCAGUGCCUGCUGGUGGCUUUCUACGUUCACGACGAAUCCGAUCCGGUGGAUGUGGUGCUGCGCAAUCAGGUGGCCGAUACCAUUUUUAUAUUCCUUCCAAAGGUCCUUAUAGUACUUUUUAAGACAUCCUUAAAGGAUGACACGGUUGGCGAAACCAUAAAAUCGAUGGCCAUUCAAGCCCUGGGUCGCAUCAUCUGCAUCAUGUUCGAGGAAACCACGGACGAGUAUAUGAAAAUGCGUUACGACGUCGAUGCCUUUCGAAAUCUUUUCAACGGCACCAACGGCCGCAUAGAGCCGGAGGGUGAGUUCAACUAUUUCGGCAAAAAAAAGGGCUCCAUCGAGCAGAAUGAGGAGCGACUGCAUCAAAUGCAAGCGGAGCUGCGUUCGCCCCAAUGGGUGGCGGCCACAUCUCGACGCCUGCGGCCCAUUUUCGUGGAGACAAGUAUUUUGAGGGCACACGAGGCCUUAAGGCUAAGAAAGAGUUAUGCCGAAAUGUGCUGCCUGCUGCUCAGGCACUGUGCCCACAACCUGCGGAGCAACUUCCUCCACAUCCUGGAGAGCGUGCUGGCCCUGUCGGAGGACGAGGACCCUGAGGUGGCCCAACGAUGCAGGGACACCCUGCUACAUUUGCAAGAGAUGCCCAGCAGCCAGGGCAUCUUUGAUGAGAAUGCCGAGAUGCUACUCGAUGCUCACCUGAACAAAUGGCCACGAAUCCUGCACCGCUGCGAGGACAACGAACAGUUCGCCGAGCUGCUCUUCUUCAAGGGAUUCUUGCGCAGCGUCAAUGCUCAGAAACUGCAGCUGCUGCUCUUGGUCCCCAAGAACCUGGAGAUGUUCGUCACCUGCCUGUUGACGGCCCUUGACUUGAGCACCAGUCGGGAGCUUCUGAACGAGGAGUACUCCCUGCGUCGCAUGCGCGAAGGCGACUCCAAGGACUUGGCAGCAGAGCUGUCCAAGCUGACAUGGCGCCAGUUCAAGCAUCUGGGCUCGGACCGAACAGUAGCGAUCCUGUAUGAUAUUGCAGCAAUUUUGGGUGCUGAGCCCACAUUGAACCGCCUGAUCUUCGACUAUUGCCAGGACCUGAUUAAGCAAAAGUCCAUGGCCAUGAACGAGGCUGUGUUACUCCUAACCCUGAUGGUGACGCGGCCGGCGGUGAAGGCGGCGCGUGAAAGUCGCCUGGAGCUAGCGAGACUUUUACUGGACCAACUGCUUUGUGAUGAGCACUGGAAUCUGGCCCUGCAGCCGGACGCAGCCUGGCGACUCAAAGUGGACAAGCCCACUCACUGGUUUGAGGAGCGUACCCCGGGUAUCUAUUCCUCGGCAGUGGAGGUGCGCACCCAGGACUGUGAUUCCGAUGACGAGCAGUCGGAGCAGGUGGUCAGCAAGCGAGUGAGCAUUGCGGACGCCCAGUUCAAUGUGUUACACACCUGUCUGGUGCUAGAUGCAGUGGGACACUGUGCCACCUUCAUUGGCGACACCUUCGACAGGUACAUAUUCCUGAGUCUGCACAAGGUGCUCCUUAAGGUGGCUAGCAGUAACACCAUUGUCCAUCAGGCGGCCAGCUUCGCCUUCGUUUCGAUGCAGCUGGCCUUGAAAUAUGCCGAGCCAUCGCACUUCAUCGAGUGCUCCACGGACUACAUCACUUUCCACCUAAACGCGUUGCUAAAACGGCGCUCUAACGAGAGCACCGCUGCCGUGGACAUUCUCACCGUGGUGCUGCAGUACAGCAGCCGUGGCAAUGUACCCCACCUCGACAGCCUUUUCCAUACCAUACGCGAGGAGUGCUCCAAGUCCCACCAGACGGCCAAUGUGCACUCGUAUUUGCGCGUGUUUAAUGCAUUCCUAAAGCACGUCUCCAACUGGCAGGGUGACGCCGAGGCGGAGGUCAAUGCUGUCGAUCAGCCAAUGCAAGUGGACGAUGAGCGACAGAGUGUUCUCAGCUCAUGGAUGAAUGCGCUUAAGAAGCCACAGUUGCUAGACGAUUUGAAUGGCGAUGCCGAUAUGCCCGAUUCGCCUGCCCAGGAUGACCAGGAGAAUGCAGGUGCAGAAGAUGAUACAGUACCGGAACCCAUGAAGCCAGUACUGCCGCGCCAUGUGGAAAUGGUCAAGGACAUACUAAGUCAGGUUAUCAAGUUCGUUUCGACCGCUGAGCAAUCACAGCAGAUAGCGGCCAUUGAAUGCUUCUCCAGUGGCUUGCCCCUGCUAGCAGCCUACGAGAACGAGCUCCUGCCACUGGUUCAUCUGGUGUGGCAGCCCCUGGUCGAGAAGUUUCGCCAAAAGGAUGCCCUGGUCCUCAACCGUUGCUUCACUCUGCUCCACUUACUGGGCAUUUAUGCCAAGGACUUUAUACUGAAACGAAGUCUCAGCGAUGUGAUACCUCAACUGAAGCAGUUCCUCAAGGCAGCCAGUCGGCACAGCAGCACGGAAGCCAAACAGCAGGCCAAGACCCAGGAGUACAAGCUGCAACUGAAGCUGCUCCAAAGCCUCGCCGACUUCAUACUCGGCCUUCAAAUAGAGGGAAAGCAUCUGCAUGAGCUAAUGUCGACGGCGGCGCUCUACCUCGCGCAGGAGCAGCCGCCGGAACUGCAGACGCUGGCCAGACAGUUUUUCCUCGAGCUGGCGGUCUACAACGGUCCCUUUGUCUACGUGACGCUCCUGCAGCGGGCUCACCUCAAGGACUACAAGGACAACGUUAACCAGAUCCUCGAGGCCAUGGGCUUCAUCCUAGCGGCUAGUGGGCCUAAAGCGUACGACCUUGACCAAUAAAGAA